AUGGCCGCAGAACUCACUUCAACCAAGCUCAAUGCGGAGAAUCACCUCCUCUUAGAUCAACCCCUCCUUCGGCUGCCUCAUGAACUCGCUCGUAGAAAUCUCAAAUCCUUCCAGCGGAUUGUUGAGCGGGAGAAGGAGUAUGUUCUCCCCGCACUUAAAGAGGCGGCCAAAGCCUCAAUGUCCGACAACCAGCCGCCUGAUCAAACUCUCGCCUCGCUAGACGCUAUGAUAUCGCGCAUGCAAGGUUUGAAGCGCAAAAUGGAGAAUUUGCACAUUGAAGAAAAGAAGAUUCACCACCAGUCGAAUAAGCGCAUACAGCAUCUAGAUCAGCUGUACCAGAUCCCUAGCUUGACUGACGUCAAGUACGACCAGUGGUCAAGAGUCAGAUUAGACAGGCUCGUGAUUGACCAUAUGCUACGCUCGGGAUACACGGAGAGUGCCCAGCAGCUUGCCCGUGAGAAGAAUAUCGAGGAGCUUGUGGAUCUAAACGUCUUUGUACAAUGUCAGCGCAUUGCCAACAGUCUCCGCCGUGGAGAAACCAAAGAUGCUCUGCAGUGGUGUAAUGAGAACAAAGCUGCCUUGAAGAAGAGUCAAUACAAUUUGGAGUUUGAGUUACGGCUGCAACAGUAUAUUGAGAUGAUCAGGACGAGGGACAAAGCCAAGUUCGUGGAUGCAAUGGUGCAUGCAAGAAAGUAUCUGGCACCCUAUGACGAAACACAGUCAGUAGAUAUUCAUCGAGCUGCUGGUCUGCUUGCUUUUCCCCCAGACACCAAAGCCGAGCCCUACAAGGUAGUUUGA